AGCGCCGCUGCCGCCAGGAUCCCUUUCCCCGGCUGCCUGAGCCACCUUCCCCCGCCUCUCCGCGCUAUAAACGGGGCGGGACGGGCCCGCCAGCCCGGCUGCGGCCGCGGCCGGCCCGCUCUCCCCGCCUCCCUGAGGCGCGGCCUGGCCUGGCCCGGCCCGGCCUGCUGUGGCGGCGGCACCGGCACCUCGCCCGGGCGGCUUUCAUGGCUUUCAUCCGCAGGCGGCGGCUGGAGCGGGAGCUGUACUCCAAGGAGAGGUUUUCACUACUUCUUCUUAACCUGGAAGAAUAUUAUUUUGAACAGCACACAGCUAAUCAUAUUAUAAAUAAAGGUCACAAAGAUGAAAGAAAAUUCAGAGGCUCUCUAAAAAUCUGUUCAAAGUCAAUUAUCUUUGAACCAGAUGACAACAUCCAACCCAUUAUCAAGAUACCACUGAGAGACUGCAUUAGUAUAAAGGCCCCAGAAGAUAAUGAAGCAAAUAAUCCUUUCACACGGGAUACAUCUGGAGGGAUUUCAGUUCUAUGUAGCCAGGUUUUUCUCAUUAAAGAAAGGAAUGUUAUUGCACCCUAUAAAACAAUAAGAGGCAAAACAGAACACUUAUUCCAACUGGAUGUUGCUGGGAAAGUAGGAGAUGUUGUGCAAACUCUACAUCAGCUUUACAGGGCUUCUUGUCUAGAUAAGAUGGGAGAUCAAGCUGCCAUGAUAACUGCUAUAUUGCAAUCACGCUUGGCUAGAACUUCAUUUGAUAAAAACAGAUUUCAAAGCAUUUCUGAAACGCUGCAUAUGGAAUGUAAAGCAGAAAUGGUGACGCCACUGGUGACUAAUCCAGGGCAUGUGUGCGUUACUGAUGCUAACUUGUACUUCCAGCCUCUUAAUGGAUAUCCUAAACCGGUAGUACAAAUAACACUGCAAAAUGUGCGCCGCAUCUAUAAAAGAAGGCAUGGGCUAAUGCCACUGGGCCUCGAAGUAUUUUGCACAGAAAACGAUCUCUGUUCUGACAUCUACUUGAAAUUCUACAACUAUCAAGAUCGAGAUGAGGUCUAUUUCCUUAUUGCAACAUAUAUAGAGAAUCAUAUUGCAGAGCAUACAGCUGAAAGUUAUAUGUUGCAAUGGCAGCGAGGACAUAUAUCAAAUUACCAGUACCUUCUUCAUCUCAACAAUCUGGCUGAUAGAAGCUGCAACGAUCUCUCCCAGUAUCCUGUAUUUCCUUGGAUCAUAGCAGACUACUCUAGUGCAGUACUAGAUCUGACAAAGCCCGAAACAUUUCGCGACCUUAGUAAACCGGUUGGUGCCCUGAAUAAGGAAAGGCUGGAUAGGCUCCUGACACGUUAUCAGGAAAUGCCAGAGCCUAAGUUCAUGUAUGGAAGCCAUUAUUCAUCUCCGGGUUAUGUUUUAUUUUAUCUUGUUAGAGUUGCUCCAGAAUACAUGCUCUGCCUGCAGAAUGGAAAGUUUGAUCACGCUGACAGAAUGUUCAAUAGUAUUGCAGAAACCUGGAAAAACUGUUUGGAUGGUGCAACAGAUUUCAAAGAGUUGAUUCCAGAAUUUUAUGAAAAUGAUCCUAGUUUUCUAGUAAACAGUUUGAAGUUGGACUUAGGAAAAAGGCAGGGUGGAAAGAUAGUUGAAGAUGUAGAGCUUCCACCUUGGGCAUCAGGUCCUGAUGACUUUCUUCAGAAGAGCCAAGAGGCUUUAGAAAGUCAGUAUGUAUCAGAACAUCUUCAUGAAUGGAUUGACAUAAUAUUUGGCUACAAGCAGAAAGGAAGUGAAGCAGUUGCAGCUCACAAUGUGUUUCACCCAUUAACUUAUGAAGGAGGAGUGGAUUUAAACAGUAUUAUGGACCCCAAUGAAAAAGUAGCUCUCCUGACACAAAUCUUGGAGUUUGGACAGACGCCAAAGCAGUUGUUUACAACCCCUCAUCCUCAAAGGAUAAUACCGAGGUUGAAAAGCUUGUCUCGAACAUCGAGUCACAGUGUUUCCUUAGCUGAGUCUCCAGUUUCUCCAAAUGAAGAAUCAUUUGAAGAUUUGACAGAAGAAAGUAUAACACUUGCCUGGAACAAUAUUGCCAAAUUAAAAUUAGAUAAGCAAUAUAAAAUUCACAAAGAGGCAAUUACUGGAAUAGCAGUCCCUUGCAAUGGGUCUUCUGUUUUCACUACAUCCCAAGAUUCAACUUUGAAGAUGUUUUCCAAAGAAUCAAAAACUAUCCAGAGAAGUGUGUCCUUUUCAAACAUGGCAUUGUCAUCUUGUCUAAUCUUACCAGGAGAUACCACUGUCAUAAGUUCUUCAUGGGACAAUCAUAUAUAUUUUUAUUCAGUUGCAUUUGGAAGACAGCAAGACAUCCUAAUGGGACAUGAUGAUGCAGUCAGUAAGAUCUGUUGGCGUGAUGGGCGUCUAUAUUCUGCAUCCUGGGAUUCCACUGUGAAGGUGUGGCACUGUGUUCCUGGAGAGACCUUGAGCAAUAAAAAGCACCACUUUGAACUGCUUGCGGAGUUAGAGCAUGAUGUUAGUGUAAAUACAAUCGACCUUAAUGCUGCAAAUACCAUGCUGGCAUCUGGAACCAAAGACGGUACCAUUAGUGUUUGGGAUGUUACUACAGCAACAGUGUUACACCAGUUGCCAUGUCAUUCUGGGACGGUAUUUGAUGCUGCUUUUAGUCCUGACAGCAGACAUCUACUCAGCACAGGAGAGGACUGUUGUUUUAAAGUAAUAGAUGUACAAACUGGAAUGCUUAUAUCUUCUGUAACCACUGAUGAGCCACAGAGGUGCUUCAAAUGGGAUGGAAACACCAUCUUAUCGGGAGCUCAGUCUGGUGAAUUACUGAUUUGGGACCUUCUUGGAGGAAAAGUUACUGAAAGAAUCAAAGGACAUGCAGGUGCUGUAACAGCCAUGUGGAUGAAUGAACAGUGCAACAGUGUUAUUACAGGAGGGGAAGACAAACAAAUCAUGUUCUGGAAACUGCAAUACUAAGUGCCUUUCCCUCCAGCCAUUUAAAGGAACUCUAAUUUUAAACCAAACCUUUUAAAGGAACUUAACUGCGUGCAAUGAUGGUUACUGAAGUUCAACCCGAUAGGAAGCUUUGUUCAACUUUCUAUUUUAUGGUGACUUCACUGAGAGCUCUUAACUUCCAUAGCAUAUGCAUUUGUUUUUCACGGACUGAAAUACUGAAAUUGCUUGUCUAAAAUGAUAUCUGAAAUUAAAUUAAAGACCUAUUUUUCUGUAAUUAAAGAGCUCUUAACUUGCAGUCAUUGUUUGCUUUACAUGGAAUGCAUCAUGGCUUGCUGUUUGAACUGGUUUGAGAGAAGAAGCGUUUGAUUCUUAAUUUAAGCCUUUUUGGACGUGUGCAGCUUUGUAUUGUGUCUCAUGACAUAAUGCAUGUACCUCCUGUGUUAUAGUCAACUUUCCUUCCUGGCGAAGAUGCAUGUGAUUGUAAAUACUGCUUAGAACACCCAGGCAGCUGCUGUUCUGAGCAGUGGUCAGUCUGGUCUGCUAGAUAGCCUUCAGCUGUGGCUAUUUGCAAAGGCAUAGAGCAGAGUAAGAACUUAUUCUAUAUUGCAUUUUCCUACUGAAAAAUAGCACUAAUGUACUGGCCUGAAAGAUAGACAAACGUAAAACUGAUUGCCUAACAGAGAACAGUUACAGAUGCAUGUGUUGAUAGAAGUAUUCCCCUAAUCCUGUGCCUUAAGUUAUUUUAUGCUCUGUCACUACUGCCUUUCAUCACUUGUGUUACUAUCCUUCUCUUAGCAAUCCAGCAUUUUCAUGUUUUGUUUAGUGUUCUCAGCCACUUUCAACUCAAAUCCCCUUUGAGACAGAAUUUAAAUACAGCAUUUAAAAGAGCUACAGCUCCUGGGUUAUCAUGAUUUAUUCUGUGUUACUCUCUUAACCCAGGGACAAAGCAGCGUUGCACAAGGAUUACUUUCUCUGGAGAACUUCAGUGUAUCAUUUUCUGGGAGGAGCUCUUCUGAAGUGAGAGACUUGAAAUAGUAUUUAAAUGAUUUAUUACAGCAAUAAGCAUUCACAGUGGUGAUGUUGCCUGAGCAUGACCCAAGAUCAGCUGGUUUUCUCCACUGCUGGUGUUGAGGUGCCCUGUCAGUGUGUCCAGGACAAGCAUUCUUCUGAAUUAUGUUCUCUCAGUCCUCUGUCUGUAGAUAUCCUGCCUUGGGUUUGACACCCAGUGCCUAUUCCAGAGCACAGCUCUGUCUUUGGCAUGGCAAAACAAACGGCCUAUGGUUAGGGGCUGUUCUCUCACUCCCCUGAUCUUUUAUUAUGCUGGAGUGUGAACUCACUUUUUAGUAAGGCAGUGGUAUUAAACCAAACUGAUAUUUAUUUCAGCUGCACCACUCACUCACUUGGUUUAGCAAAUAACUGAAUGUUUAUGUAAUCAAGGAGAGUGUGUGGGGAAGGCACAUGGGGCAAAAGAAUAAGCCGUGUCACGCAUUCCUGCUGGUACCAGUCUUAAUCUUGCAGGAGAAUGUUUGGUGUCUGCACAGUUUCUUCACCUCUGUUUAUUUAUUUCCCAAAAAUAUCUGUGUCUAGGCAAAGAAGAUAGAAUGUGAUUUUUCUACACUUGCCUGAAAAUGUGUUGGGGGAUUGUCCUUUGUCACUAGGGGUCCUCCUGCUGAGCUAAACCAGAGGAAAAUGACCCUGAAGAUGUGAUCCCUCAGUUUCAACUUAAAACUACCUCAGAGAGGACAUACACUUAACCUUCUGUUGGUUAAAUAUGGAUGCCUGCCGUGCAUAGCUCUUGAGUGCAUCUGAGGUUUACUUUCUGCUGUAAAGCAUGCUCACAAAACAGCUAUCAGCCAGCUUCUCCAUUGCCUAAAGCAGCCAUAGCUUUUAAAGAGGGGGGGGAAAUCAAGUUAAACUCAUUAUUGUGUUAGUAUGUUGUGUUUGGGGUUUUUUUAAAAAAACAUAUGUGUGCAAGAACUACAUAUAGACCACUAUUUCUUUGCAGCUUAGCUCGAAUUUAUCUAUGUAUAUACAUUUAACCAUAAGUUACUCUCCAAUGCUAGGUAAUUUUUGCCUUAAAAAAGAGCUUUUUGAUUAUUCUUUCCCUUCUGGUUGCUACAUGCUAUAGGUGGAAGGAAAACACUAAAUGUACGUGUUUGUUUUUUCCAGUAGAUCUCCCCCUUAGUUACAGCUAUCUGUUCAAUAACAAAAAGAUAAGUAUUGUUUUCUCAUGUUCCCCCAACAUGGUUUUGUCUCUGGUUUUUUACUUUUAGUUUUAGACAGAUUUUAGUAAGGAUUUUAGGUGGCCAAACCCCACUGAUCAACCUGUAAAUAAGGAGUUUUAAAGCCAGAUUAGGUAUAGAACUGGCCUCUGCUGACUCAUCUGAUCCUAAGUAAAAACUGAUUAGGGUUCAGAGAUCAGCAUUUCCGUAUGUUUGUUUGGGAUUUUUCCAAGGAUUUCACAGCUAAGGCAAGGCCCUCAGAGCUGACUGCUGCAGGCCACAAGCCCUGUGCCCAUGAGCCUGAAUUAUACCAAUGUUAGAUGAAGUCAGCAAUUACUGCCAGUGCAUACUUGCCAAAGUGGUUCCAGAGACAUAUAAUUUAGUAGCCAAACAGUCCAAUUAAAAUUACUCCCAGGAUGAAUUUGAUCACCACUAGAGCCUGAAGUGGUGUGAUGGUUUUUCUCGAUUACCAUAACUGAGAAAUUAAUUUGAGAAACAGGAAUCUACACAAGGCUUUUCGUGAGAGGCAGAGCUGAGCUUCCACUGCUAAACUUCAGUCAUCCCAGGAAGAGCAGGUCUGUGGCUCAGAUCCACAACUGAAGUUUCCAACCCUUCCCCCAUUACUGCUUCUCCUGCAAACUGGAAAACUUCCAAUUAGCUACACAUGCUAAGAAGGGACUGGCAGAUGAGACUGUUUAUUGCAGACUGCCAACCUCUGAAGUGUUUCCUUUCUUCUUAGUGUGAUCUCUUAUAAACAUCUUUUGAAGUAUUAUCUCCCUUAAAUGGACAAGCAAGUAAAUAAUUAAGAUACCACUCUUCCCAGACCAAAUCUGGAUCCAGGUCAGUUCUGAAGGAAUAGAUUCCCCAAAUCCACCUUAGAACAAGUAAUAUCUAUACUAAGGUGAAGUUCUAUGAUUUGGGCUACUGCCCACUAUGGGGAGUUCAGUAAUCCUAAAUCAUAAAUUUCAUAGCUGAAGCCUGGAACAUAACAGAAGAAGAAAGAAAAUUACAACUGGUAUUUAACUUGAGAUCACUGAGCUUUAAAGUCUCAGCUGAACAUGCCUAUGAGCUGUUGUGGUGGCUUGACCCCAACCAGCAGCUGAGCCAUUAGUUUCCCCCCUCACCCACAGCAGGAUGGGCAAGAGAAUGAGACGGGCAAAAGCCAGGAAAACUUGUGGAUUGCAAAAGAUGGUUUACUAAGUGAAGGAGAAAAAAAGAUUAAAAAAUUGAUACAAAGGUAAUCCCUCCCCAGAUCCCACCAGCAGACUCAUGUCCAGUCUCCAAGCAUCAACUGCUUGGGAAAAUUUCCCCCCGAAUUAUUGCUGAGCAUAAUGUCAAAGGGGGUGGGAUUUUCCCUUGGUCAGUUUGGGUCAGCAGUCCCAGCUGUGCUCCUUCUCAGCCUCCUGACUCCCCGAGCCUGCUCACUGGGGGCAGGGGACAGAGUGAGAACCAGGAAAGGCCUUGACAUGUUCAGCAACAGCAAACACACUGGUGUGUUAUCAUCCCUGCCCUGGUCACAAGCCUCAAACACAGCACCACACCAGCUGCUACAACAACAGUUAACUCCCUCACAGCCAGACCCAGCAACCUGCAGGCAGUUUUCAAAUUAAAUUCAAACUCUACAAUAAUGGCCAGUCUUCGCGAGCGAAGAUCCGGGGAAGGUCUUUACACCUUCCAGCCUGCGCAUUGGAUUUUUUAGGUGAGACACAGUGUGCGCGGAACUGAGCCCACCCUUUAAUCCUAAGGUUCAUCUGCCGGGGCCAAGCGAGCUUGGACGGUGGCAGCGAGGUCCUUAGGACGUAGGUGGGUUGCCUUUAAGGGCUAACGAGCCCCACCUGACCGGGAGUGGCCCUGACCGGGAAUCGAACCCCGGUCUCCGCGGUGAUAGCGCCGCGCCUUUACCACUAGACCACCAGGGACUCCAAACUCUACAACUGACAUGUCUUAUAGCUGGCUUGUGUUGGAAGGGGCCUUAAAGAUCAUCUCAUUCCAGCCCCUCUGCCAGGGGCAGGGACACCUUUCACUAGAUCAGGUUGUUGAGAGUCCCAUCCAGCCUGGCCUUGAACACUUCCAGGGUGGGGCAUCCACAACUUCCCUGGGCAACCUGUUCCAGUGCCUCACCACCCUCCCAGUGAAGAUUUCUUCCAUUAAGCACAUCUUGUUUAAAGUAUCCCAGAGCUCUCCU